AUGGCGUUUGGCGGUGCGCCGCGAGGUGGUCGUGGUGGUGGCCGAGGUGGCCCUCCUAGGGGAGGUGCAAGAGGCGGACGAGGUGGUGGUAGAGGCGGUGGCCCCCCCGGACGAGGUGGCCGAGGAGGUGGCCGAGGUGGCCCAGCCAGAGGAGGAAGAGGUGGCGGGAGAGGCGGCGCAAAGCCCGGCAUCAAGGGCGGAGCGAAAGUCAUCAUCGAACCACACCGUCAUCCCGGCGUCUUCGUCGCACGCGGCGGUAAAGAAGAUCUGCUGGUCACUAAGAACCUCACACCCGGCGAAAGCGUCUACGGCGAGAAGCGCAUCAGCGUUGACUCACCCAGCACAAACCCGGCCGACCCAGAUGCCCCGCCCACCAAGACAGAGUACAGAGUGUGGAAUCCCUUCCGCUCGAAGUUGGCCGCCGGUAUCCUGGGAGGCUUGGACGACAUUUACAUUCGGCCGGGUGCGUCGGUGCUGUACCUGGGCGCCGCCUCGGGCACGUCCGUCUCGCACGUCGCCGACAUUGUCGGGCCGACUGGCCGCGUGUACGCCGUCGAAUUCUCCCACCGUUCUGGAAGAGAUCUCAUCACGAUGGCCACACACCGCACCAACGUGAUCCCCAUCAUUGAAGACGCCCGCCACCCGCUCCGAUACCGCAUGCUUGUGGGGAUGGUGGAUGUGAUCUUCGCCGACGUGGCACAGCCCGACCAGGCACGUAUCGUGGGUCUCAAUGCCCAUUUAUUCUUGAAGGUCGGCGGAGGCGUGCUGGUCAGUAUCAAGGCCAACUGCAUCGACUCGACGGCCAAGCCGGAGGUGGUGUUUGCAAACGAAGUGAAGAAGAUGAGGGAGGAGCGCAUCAAGCCCAAGGAGCAAUUGACUCUGGAGCCUUUUGAGCGAGACCACUGCAUUGUCGCAGGCAUCUACCAUCACACCGCGCAAUGA